CAGGAUCUAGAGGAUCCGUGGCGGGAGGAAGAAAAGCCGAGUGGUUUCUGGGCUCCUGCAAGAGUCGAAGCAGCAGCAGCUGAUGAAGAGGAUACUAAUAAGAGCACUCCGGACAACUAGGAAUAACCAGCAACUUUGAAAAUUAGAGCAAAUUGAGCCAAAAUGUAGACAGUAAUGCAGGCCUUGCCCAGCGAGGAAGAAAACAGUAGCUUGAAUCAAAGCUCCAUGCAACAAAAGAUCACACGUAUUUUGAACCCUUCGAGAACCUCAAGGGUGGAAAAGCUCCAUAGAUGUGCCUGUUGUGGGAAAAGCAUUCAUAGCAAAUCACAUAUUAUGCAUAAGAGGAUCCACACUGUAGGAAAGUCAUACAAAUUACCUGAAUGUGGGAAAAUAUUUAGUUAGAUCAGCUGCCUUGUGGUUAAUCGAAGGACCCACACAGGAGACAAGCCCUAUAACUACUCCCAAUGCAGUAAAUGCUUUUGCAAGCAGGACAACUUGAUGAUACAUCGGAGAAUUCACACGGGAAAACAAUUGAAUGUGCUGAUAGUUUGAAAACUUUCCGUCUGAAUUCCACCCUAGUGGUACAUUGGAGGAUGCACACAGGAAAGAAAUCAUAUAACUGUCUUGAUUGUGGUAAAUGUUUCAUUACAAAUUCUCAUCUGGUGAUACACCAGAGGACUCACACAGGAGAGAAACCCUUUGAAUGUCCUGUUUGUGGGAUAGGGUUCCGUCAUAAAUCCAGCUUGGUGAAUCAUCAGACUAUUCACACAGGAGAGAAACCCUUUGAAUGUCCUGAUUGUGGGAAAUGUUUCAGUCGGAAUUCUAAGCUGGUGGCACACCAGAGGACUCACACAGGAGAGAAACCCUUUGAAUGUCCUGAUUGUGGGAAACGAUUCAGUCAGAAUUACAGGCUGGUGGAACACCAGAGGACUCACACAGGAGAAAAACCCUUUAAAUGUCCUGAUUGUGGGAAAUAUUUUACUAUGAGUUCCAGCCUUCUGAAACACCAGAGGACUCAUACAGAGGAGAAACCGUUUGAAUGUCCUGUUUGUGGGAUAGGGUUCAGUCAUAAUUCCAGCUUGGUGAAUCAUCAGACUAUUCACACAGGAGAGAAACCCUUUGAAUGUCCUGAUUGUGGGAAAUGUUUCAGUCGGAGUUCCAACCUGGCGACACACAAAAGGAUUCACAUAGGAGUGAAACCUUUUCAAUGUUCAGAUUGUGGGAAAGGUUUUCCUUGGAAUUCUAAGCUGGUGGAACACCAGAGGACUCACACAGGAGAGAAACCCUUUGAAUGUCCUGAUUGUGGGAAAUGUUUCAGUCUGAGGUUCCGUCAUAAAUCCAGCUUGGUGAAUCAUCAGACAAUUCACACAGGAGAGAAACCCUUUGAAUGUUCAGAUUGUGGAAAUGUUUCACUCGGAAUUCUAAGCUGUCUGAGUUCCAGCCUUCUGAAACACCAGAGGACUCAUACAGAGGAGAAACACUUUGAAUGCACUUAUUGUGGGACACGUUUCAGUCAGAAUUCCCACCAUACCACAGAUGCUAUUCAAGAUGAAGGCACAUUUAGCCUCCUUUCAAAUCUUUCCCAUCAGACUAUUCGAGGACGAGGCAUGAACGAGGUAUUUUCCAUCAUGGAAAAUACAAGCCAAGAUCCAAAGGGGCAAUUAGAGGUCCCAGUAGAGAUGGAGAUGCUUUCAUACCUGUGUGAAUAUCCCAUGACACCUUCAGCACCAACCCAAGAAACUGAGAGACGACCCAUGUCAGAGCCACCAUCUCAAAGAAUGAUGUACGACAUAAUAACUCCUUGCUCUACACCCAGAGAAGAGGUAUCGGAAUGGCAAGCUCUGUUAGCUGGUGCUAAAACCUCUUACCCUGAUCAAGUUCCUCAGGAGAAUACACAGGACUUAGAUGGGACACCCCUGCUUUUAGAGAAGUCCAAUUCUGUGCGUGAUGACACUUCAAUCCAUGGCAACAACCAGAGAACCUCUCUUUGUAUAAAUCAAAUUUCCUGA